AUGAGUGAUCCAACAAACCCACAUAUCAAAGAGCGUACUACACCUCAAUGGGGUCUUUGCCAGCGAGAAAACUUCUGGAAACAGAAUGAAGGAACCACACCACUAUUCAAUACUGACCCCCGAAAAAUGGAAGAACGAGCGAAAGAGAAGCUGAGCGAGGGCGGCUGGUACUACGCCUCCUCAAAUGCAGGAAUGUCAACCACACACCUGGCAAACCGACAAGCCUUCUACCGACACCGACUAAUCCCAAACCAACUAAUCGACACCAACACGCGCUCAACAAGAACAACAAUUUUCGACCACUCCGUCUCCGCACCCAUCGGCUUCGCCCCUAUCGGAAUAAACAAGAUCUACCACCCAAACGGCGAAGCCGCCGUCUCCAAAGUCGCCAGCGAGCUGAACCUCCCCUACUGCCUCUCGACAGCGGGCAGCACAUCGAUCGAAAAAAUGCCACACGACGACGAACUGACCUUAUCACUUCUAAAACGGGCGUGGGAAAACGGGUUCGACGCACUGAUUCCCACGACGGAUACAUGGCAGCUUGGAUGGCGACACGACGACGUCGCGACGUCGAAUUAUGCAUUCUACCGCGGAUUCGGGGCGGACAUGGGACUUUCGGAUCCUGUUUUUCGGAAGAGGUGUGUUGAGGACGGGAUUGAUCCCGAUGUUGAUGUUGUUGCUGCAUCGACGAAGUGGAUUGAUUCCGUCUGGCAUGGGCGGGCUUGGUCGUGGGAGAAGAUCCCUUGGUUGAUGGAGACUUGGAGGGGAAUUAGUGGGGGGCGGCCGUUUGUGAUCAAGGGGAUACAGUCGGUUGCUGAUGCGAGGAGAUGUGUUGAGCUUGGGGUUGAGGGGAUUGUUGUGAGUAAUCAUGCUGGGAGGCAGGUUGAUGGCGCUGUUGCUAGUCUUGAUGCGCUUGAGAGGAUUGCGGAGGCUGUCGGGGAGAGAAUUUAUGUUAUGUUUGAUUCUGGGGUGAGGGGCGCUAGUGAUGUUGUUAAGGCUUUGGCGUUGGGGGCGCGGUUUGUAUUUAUUGGUCGGCUUUGGGUUUGGGGGUUGAGUAUUCAGGGUGAGGAUGGGGUUCGACAUGUUAUGAAGUCGUUGCUGUCAGAUUUGGAUAUUUUGAUGGGUGUUGCUGGGUUCAAUGGGGUUGAGGAUUUCAAUCGCGACAUUCUUGAGUCGGAUCCGAAGAACUAUACGCUCACACCUCAGAAGACUCUGUGA